AUGACUGGCCCGAUAGUUGGUAUCAAUAUCCGGAACUCCAGAACCACUGAGGCGCGGCAGAAGACGCGCAGGAAGAAGAUGACGAGAACGAGGACGCAGAUGAGCAAGACGGCAACGAGCAACAACGCGCGCUUCCCCGUCUGGGAGACUUCGAAGUCGCGCGCGGCGCGCAAGAUAACCAGCCCGCACUGGACGCCUCAGGCCGGGGGGCCCCAAGACGGGAUCGCCGCCCCAGAGACAACCCAACUGUUUCUUGGCCGACGGCGGUCAAAAAUGAACUGUGCCGCCGUCAUCUGCUCGGGAGCGCCGUACAACGGGGCAGUCCUCGGUGACCUCCUCGGGGUCUCCGGGAGCUUCCAACAGCUGGGAAUAGUAGCCGCAGCAGUGCGACGGGAGAACGAGAUGCGGGUGCUCACUCCGGCGUGGUUCGUGCUCCGGAACGAGUGGCGGAUGUGGGCGAAGACAAAGUGGCCGUACAAGACGGUGCGGCAAGUGUCAGACAGCGUCGGGCCCGAGCGCAUCGAGUGGGAGCUCAAGGUGUGGCUGCAGGGACCCUUUUUCGCGCCUGCGGGCGACGCGUCCACCGUCAACGACGACUUGUUCUUCAAGCUGGCGAGUGUCUUCUUUUGCUCGGUGAGCCCGCUGUUCAUCAUGUCAUCAUCAAGGUUGCCCACGGAAGUCGCCAUCUCCGCCGCCCGGCUCCUGGCUACCACGCCCACUCCAGCCCUCGUCCGUCGCGGUCAAGUUUUCAACAUGAGCGACGAGGAAGAGAAUUAUGCCACGGCUCAUAAAACCAUCGUUGAGUCUAGUAGUCUCGUGGCAUCGGCCUCCAGCAUCACCAUCGACCUCGACGACUCGGCGCAUGUGUCAUAUUCUACCGUUUUCAUCUCUUCCUACUACUCUGGUGUUUCGAGCGCCACUACCAUCAAUGCCCCCGACGAUCAACCCCCCCGUGCCGCCCUCCAGACUGGCCCUCCCUACUUCUUGUUCGCAGGUAUCGUCGCAAGCACCAUCGUCGGAGUCUUUACACUCGCCACGCUCGCCUUGCUCUGUCGGCGAGGGUCAUUCGGGUCGGGCACGCUUUGCGGACUCCGGUACGGCGAUGCACGGGACCCGGACUGGCCGGGGCAUUCGUAUCGGAGGGAAACGGCGAUGGUCGAGCGCGGUGGGGGCACAAAGUUCAAAGCAGCACGCACAGACUCGCCCUCCAUCCAAUCCACCGUUCCUCCCGCAUACACCGAGUCCUCGUCCCGGGCGACCGCCCGUGACCGACACGCGUUUGCCACCCACCGCGCGGCAUCCACUCGCAAGCCCCCCUCCUCCUUCCCCUCCCGACGAGGCGCACCCUCGCCCGCUCCGUCAUCAUCAACCUCUGCCCCAACUCUCGUCUGCCGUGCGUUGUCGAAGCGCGCGCCCACUCCCGGCGCAUGGUCGACGUCCCCUUCCGCCUUCGACAAAGCGUACGCCGCGGGCUCGGUCCGGUCGGCCUCGCCCGCGAUGUCUUCCGCCGAGACGGCGACGCUAUCCUCCGACGGCCCGCGCCGGUCUAUUCAGCACUCCCACCCCCAUCCGCUCGCGCAAGACCCGUUCUACGACCCCGGCGACGACGAUGACGACGACGACGAUUCGGGGCUGCACGCCCCCGUCCCUCGCAGAAUCCUCUCGACGUUGGAAGAAGACACGGACGUUGGCGCCGAGGGUACGGAUGGUGGGGAAAGCAGAGAAGGCGGUUACGCGCGCGCGUCGACGGAUUCUCGGGCUUCCUCUCCCAUCUCGUCGGCACGGCCCCCGACGCUGCGCACGACCGACUCCGGCUCGGUGUUCUCGCAUGGGGUGCGGAUAUCUUCGUGGCACACGGAAGACAGCCAUUCGAGCGAGGUGUCGCUGCACCGUACGUUCUUUCUAAUCGAUCGGACGACGUCUCGGAUACCACGCCGUCCUCUUCUGCCUUCCUGCUUCGCAGACCUCGAACUGCCACAGCUCAACAAGUUGUACCUCGCCUUCGCGCCUGACAUCGAGCCCGUCGAGCUCCACACACUCAAGCGCCUCAUCACCUCCCCCGUACUUCAGUACCUCAGUGCGCAAGCUGAUGGUGCGCGACACCAUCGGCGCGCGCUGCUCGCCGUGCUCCCCUUCCACCGCGCCUCUCGGCACAUCUCCGUCACUCGCAAGGGCGCUCACUCGGACUCGGACCUCACCAUGGCUCUUCCCCGCCCCAGGCCUUGUCUCCGACAAGGAUGCGCGCGGAAAUCGCCUACGAGUCGCUUCUCCCGUCCUCCCUGGUGCAAGCCCUGA